GUCUACUAUAAAUGCUUAUUGCAUCAUAAUAUAAAUAAUUACGUUUGCAUCAACGUCACCAGUUGUUCCAGGCGGUUCAAAUAAAUUUGUAAAUUUAUUUCCAUCUUAUUAAAUAAUGGCAAAACGUGUCCAACCCAAUUGGGCACCGCCAUGUGUGGGUGAAGAUGCUCCUGUUUUAAGAUUGUACAACAGUCUAACGAGGAAAAAAGAAAUAUUUGUGCCUAUAAAUGGACAACAAGUGACUUGGUACAGUUGUGGACCGACUGUUUAUGAUGCCUCCCAUAUGGGGCACGCUAGGUCUUACAUAUCCUUUGAUAUUCUAAGACGUGUUUUAUCCAAUUAUUUUGGAUAUAACAUUUUGUAUGUAAUGAAUAUCACUGAUAUAGAUGAUAAAAUUAUUAAACGAGCCAGACAUACACAUUUGUUUAAAAAUUACUCGUCCACCAACAAACCUCUUGCUCAAGUCUUAAGUGAUUUGAAAGAAGCUUUAGAUGACUUCAAGGUAAAGGUAACUUCCAAUACCGAUCCUGAUAAAAAUGUGAUGCUAGAAACAUCUCUUAACAAGGCUACUGAGGCUGUGAACAAUAUAGCAAAACUGGUAGAAACCAAGUCUGAUUUACAAUCAACUUCUCCUGCAGUUUUGGAGUGCAUCCAAAAUGCACGUGAACCUUUAUCAGACUGGUUGGACAAAAAGUUUGGAGCAGACAUAACCGACAAUAAAAUCUUCAACGAGCUUCCAAGUUACUGGGAAGAUAGAUUCCAUGAAGACAUGAAAAACCUUAACGUACUCUACCCCGAUGUUUUAACCAGAGUCAGUGAAUACGUUCCACAGAUUGUAGCUUACAUCCAAAAAAUCAUAGAAAAUGGUCUAGGGUAUGAAGUCAACAGUUCUGUUUAUUUUGAUGUAGGAGGUUUUGAUAAAAUUGAUAAACACCAUUAUGCUAAAUUAGUACCGGAGGCUUAUGGUGAUACAAGUGCAAUAAACGAAGCUGAAGGUGAUUUAUCUUCUACAGCAGAUCGGUUAACUGAGAAGCGUUCUCCAAAUGAUUUUGCAUUGUGGAAAUGCAGCAGAGUUGGUGAACCGUCUUGGGACUCUCCUUGGGGUAAAGGACGACCUGGGUGGCAUAUUGAGUGCUCCGCAAUGGCUAGUGAUGUUUUGGGACCACAAAUUGAUAUUCAUACAGGUGGUGUUGAUUUGAAGUUUCCACAUCAUGACAACGAACUAGCACAAAGCGAAGCUUAUUAUGGAAAUGCUGAUUGGGUCAAAUAUUUCCUGCACACUGGUCACCUUACAAUUGCCGGUUGCAAGAUGUCCAAAAGUCUCAAAAACUUUAUCACCAUUGAACAAGCUUUAUCAAGGCAUACAGCAACACAGUUGCGCUUAGCAUUUUUGUUGCACAGUUGGAAAGACACCCUGGACUACAGUGAUAACACUAUGGAGAUGGCCGUGGGUUAUGAAAAAAUGCUCAAUGAAUUCUUCCUCAAUGUAAAAGAUUUAACCAGGCAUAUUACAACUUGUGAGCCAAAUUGCUUCAACACGUGGGAUGGUCUUGCAAAUGAUUUGCAGGGAAAAUUUGCAAGUGCACAGCAGGCUGUGCAUGCAGCUUUAUGUGAUAAUAUUGAUACCAGGGCUGCCUUAGGAGUGAUAAGGGAUUUGAUAUCAACUACUAAUAAUUAUAUUAAAUCCUGCAAGUUUGGCAGUUUGCACGCUAUGUUGUUGAGGCGAAUUGCUGAAUAUGUGACCGACAUCUUCCACAUUUUUGGUGCCAUCAAAGGCCCCAGAGGAGGCAUAGGCUUUCCUUUAUCAGGUGGAGGAGAUGGUGAAAGUGUUGAUUUGGAAUCCACAAUUAUGCCAUAUCUAACAGCACUUGCAGAAUUCAGAGACAACGUAAGAGACGAAGCCAAACUUCUCAAAGCCAAGAACUUACUACAAUUAUGUGACCGUUUAAGAGAUGACACACUGCCAGAGUUAGGUAUCAGAUUAGAAGACCGAGAAGGAGCACCCAGUGCUGUAAAAGUAGUUGGCAAAGAGGUGCUGAUGAGGGAACGUGAGGAAAAAUUAAGGUUGGAAGAGGAACAAAAAAAGAAGAAAGCUGAGCAAAAAUUAUUACAGGAACAACUCAAAGCUCAGAGGGAAGCUCAGAGUAAAAUUAAUCCAAAAGAAAUGUUCAAAUCAGAAACUGAUAAGUAUAGUAAGUUUGAUGAUGAAGGAAUACCCACACAUGAUCAUGAAGGGAAGGAAUUGAGUAAAGGGCAACUUAAGAAAUUGCAAAAGUUGUACCAAACGCAGUUGAAAAAAUAUACAGACUAUAUGCAAAGUGCGAAUGCUGAAUAAACUUGAUAUGAUGAAUUAAAAAUGAAUUAAAAAUACUUAUAUAAAGGAGUGCAUUUAAAGAAUGUUGCCACUUAUUGCUUGUGCAUUUGAUAUUUCCUUCAAU